GAAAUUUUGAAUUAACUCUUAUCUCUUAGUAUCUAUCUCCCUCAAUAUCAUCUUUCCCUCACCAAAAAUGUCUGCCCCAGCAUCCAAGUUCAAGGUCGCUGACCUCAGUCUUGCUGCCUUCGGUCGCAAGGAAAUCGAGCUCGCUGAGAAUGAGAUGCCAGGUUUGAUGGCUACUCGUGAGAAGUAUGCUGCCGAUCAACCUUUGAAGGGUGCCCGUAUUGCUGGAUGUUUACACAUGACCAUCCAAACUGCUGUCUUGAUUGAGACCCUCACAUUCCUCGGAGCUGAGGUUACCUGGUCAUCAUGCAACAUUUUCUCCACCCAAGACCACGCCGCUGCUGCCAUUGCUGCCGCCGGUGUCCCAGUCUUUGCCUGGAAGGGUGAGACCGAGGAGGAAUACAACUGGUGUUUGGAACAACAACUCGUUUCCUUCAAGGAUGGCAAGAGCUUGAACUUGAUCCUCGAUGACGGUGGAGAUCUUACCCAACUCGUCCACAACAAAUACCCAGAGAUGUUGAAGGACUGCUACGGUGUUUCUGAAGAGACCACCACUGGUGUUCACCACUUGUACAAGAUGUUGAAGAACAAGGGUCUCCUUGUCCCAGCUAUCAACGUUAACGACUCCGUCACCAAGUCAAAGUUCGACAACUUGUACGGAUGCCGUGAAUCUUUGGUCGAUGGUAUCAAGCGUGCCACCGAUGUCAUGAUUGCUGGUAAGGUUGCCGUUGUCGCCGGUUUCGGUGAUGUUGGAAAGGGUUGUGCUAUGGCUCUUCACGGAAUGGGCGCUCGUGUCAUUGUCACUGAGAUUGACCCUAUCAACGCUCUCCAAGCUGCCGUUUCCGGAUACCAAGUCAUGCCAAUGGAGAAGGCUGCUUCCCAAGGUCAAAUCUUCGUUACCACCACUGGAUGCAGAGAUAUCUUGACUGGUGAGCACUUCGAGGCCAUGCCAAACGAUGCUAUCGUCUGUAACAUUGGUCACUUCGAUAUUGAGAUUGACGUUGCCUGGUUGAAGGCAAACGCUGCCAGUGUCCAAAACAUCAAGCCCCAAGUCGACAGAUACCUCAUGAAGAACGGCCGUCACAUCAUCCUCCUUGCCGAGGGUCGUCUCGUUAACUUGGGAUGUGCCACCGGUCACUCUUCCUUCGUCAUGUCCUGCUCCUUCACCAACCAAGUCCUUGCUCAAAUCAUGUUGUUCAAGUGCGAGGAUGCUGCUUUCGGCCAAAAGUAUGUCGAGUUCGGCAAGACCCAAAAGCUCGAGGUUGGUGUCUACGUUCUCCCAAAGAUCUUGGACGAGACCGUUGCCAAGCUCCAUUUGGCACACGUCAACGCUGAGUUGUCCAAAUUGACCCCAGUUCAAGCCGAGUACCUUGGACUUGAGGUUGAGGGACCAUUCAAGGCUGAGAUCUACAGAUACUAAAUUAUGUUUAUAUGGGUUUUCAUUUUUUUUUUUACAGGCGAGCUGUGGUUAAAUCUUUCAACAUGAGUAAUGAUUGCAAUGAUACCGGGGGAAAGCAUUUUGACCUUCAACGGCAUAUACAGGGGAUACACAAGGGAAAAGUUUCAACAUAAAAGGGUUAUUGAUGAAUUUUAUAAAGCGGGCGUUACUUGGCUCUUCAACCAUGGUCAAGUAGUAGAGGUCGGCCUUUUGCCUUGACAUUAGAGCAUAUAAUUGUGCUUGGGUAGAAUAUACAUUGUAUGUUCAUAGUGAUCA